UCUGCUCCAAUCGCCAAAAAGAAGACAACCCAUUCACUCCGACGACGACACGCAGUACCAUUUGCAAUCCAUCGAACACAUCUCCGCCGCCGCCGCCGCCGUCCGCCGCCGCCGCCGCUCCUGCACCAUGCUCCGGCUCCGAGAGUGCGUCUUUUCCCGUCUCCUCUCUCCUUACUCCAUCUCUGCUACCUCCCCGCUGCUUCGCCUCCUCUCCGCAUCCGCAUUCCCGAAUCCCAGUGGCUUCGCUGUCGAGGAGUACCUCGUCGCCACCUGCGGCCUCACCCGGGCCCAAGCCAUCAAGGCCUCCCCGAAGCUCGCCCACCUCAAGACCCCCGACAAGCCGAACGCCGUCCUCGCCUUCCUCUCCGGCCUCGGCCUCUCCGGCGCCGACGUCGCCGCCGUCGUCGCCAAAGACCCGCGGCUACUCUUCGCCAAAGUGGACAAAACCCUGGCCCCUAAGGCCGUCAGGCUCGCCGGCAUAGGUCUCUCGCGUCCUGAGAUCGCCCGCCUCGUCUCCCUCGGCCCCGAGUGCUUCCGCUCCAGACACAUCGUCUCCAAGCUGCACUACUACCAUCCCCUCUUCGGCUCCUUCCACAACUUCCUCCGGGCGUACGAGCGCUCCUCCUAUCUUCUCUCGCGGGACCUUGAUACGACGAUCAAGCCCAAUGUCGCGCUUCUGCACGAGUGCGGGCUAGCUGCUUGUGAUAUUGUCAAGCUGGUCAUGUAUAGGCGGGGGAUCCUGACCACCAACCCGGGGCGCCUCCGGGCGAUGGUGGCAUGCGCCGAAGGUAUAGGCGUUCCCCGUGCCUCUGGGAUGUUCAGACAAGCACUGUGCGCUGUCGCAUUCCAAAGCGAGGACAAGAUUGCCGCCAAAGUGGACUACUUGAAGACCACGCUCAGGUGGUCUGCUGCUGAGGUGGGCAUCGCUGUGUCUAAGGCUCCGAUGCUGCUGAGGAGGUCAAAGGACACGCUGCAGAGCAAGUCCGAGUUCCUGGUAUCUGAGGUGGGGUUGGAACCAACGCUCAUUGCUCAUCGCCCGAUAGUUCUCACUUACAGCCUGGAGGGCCGGCUCAGGCCCCGGCACUACGUUCUAAAGUUUGUCAAGGCAAGUGGGUUGCUAGAUCGUGAUCACAGCUACAUCUGCGCGGUCGGUUUGACGGAGAAUGUUUUCGUGAAGAAGUUUGUGCGCCCUCAAAUCGAAGCUGCGCCGCACCUUGCUGAAGACUAUGCGGCUGCUUGCCGAGGAGAAGUACCCACUAGGUUCAUAUUUGAUUGAACCAGGAUCCUGCUGUUAAGAUGUGUAACUGUGUAUGGCACAGCAAAGUUUACAUUCUGUGCGGUAAACGGGUUAGUCCCCUUCCUGUGUUGUUCGCCAAAACAGACGCUUGUUAUCCUCUCUAAAAUGGCAGUUCAGUCUUCAAUAAUUAGAUUAUGAUUUUUUGUAUGCUUAUUAUGCCUUUUGGUUUCUUUCACCUUAUUCUUAAAUCUUAAUGAUGGAUUAUCUCUGUUCCCAAGUCCUGUAGGCUGUAGAUGGCCUUACUUUCGCUGGGGUUUUUUCUUCCAAAUUUGAUAAUGUAACCUGCUAAAGCAUGACCAGCAGAUUAGUCUAAACCAUUAACAUCUGUCUUAAUUGUGGAAUUAAGCCAGUGAAGAUGGCAUGAAUCGGUCUUGUCAGGGUCUACCAUUUAGUGCUUGCAUAUGUGAUAUUACAGCUGUUCACAAAACUGCAUCUAUCUUUUCGCAACAAAACUGUCGAUGAACUGUAGAUUCAGAAAAUCAAUUUGCCAAGUUCAAAACUAUCUGCCUUGUGUGACUCAAAUCAAAGUUGUUCGAUAUCAUGAAAUAAGCAACAUGCUUUUUGUCAAACCAUAUUCUAAAUUUGCAAUUUGCAAACUGGAUUUUUGUUUCUCAGGCUCUGUCUUUUCAAUUUUCAUCAGGACUUAAUGCCAGUUCUCCACUCAGCGCAAUGUCCCUCUGAUAUAUAUGAAUCUACUUUUCAUUGAUGCAACUGAUGUACCACACAAGGACAAAUACUUUAGUUGUGUACUAGAGGAAAAACAUGGUUCUUCCAUCCUGUGACUGAGUGAUUGUAUUCAGAGAACUGCAAAUAUUUUCUUAUGAUUGCCUUGAAUAUUAAUAGUAUACUUCAAUUCCACGCGCCUAAAAAUAAUUAAGUUGACCAAACUGGUUCUUUUGUAAGUUUGUAACCCAGGCAACUAAUUCUGGAACAGAGGAAGUUAGGACUUCAGUAUGAGAUAGUUACCACAUUUAAUGGAAGAUGAAAGAAAAAACAAAUAAUAGCUCAGUUUUUUUUUGUUCUACUAAUAUGCAGUGAUAUUAUGUAAGGUCUCGCCAGAUCAAUACUCUUUGCUGUCUAAUCAAGAUUCAACUGGUGGAGCUGUCGAAUCCAUGCCUCUGCACACACCUGCUGGACAAUUUUCCAGGUAUAAACACAGUCUCAGUGUGCCAUCAUGUUUCUUAUGCCCUGCACCUCCAAGUAGUAUUUUCAUUACCGACUUCAUGUUAUCAAAUAGUGCCAACAAUAGCCAGGGAUCAACUUGUCUGUAAGGCCCUGUUUCACACUCUAGACUCGCAAGAACACUUCACUGGUAUUUUUUAUAUUUAUGGCCUCUAUCACACAGAGAGACCCUUCCCUGGACCCUGUGCAAGCGGGAGCUACAUGCACCAGGUUGCCCUUUUUAUCACACAGAGAUCUUCCUUAUACACUGCAUUAUCUAUUAUUCUAGAUGCUACUGUCUUCUCUUUCUUGCUGUGAGGUGACCCCAUUGCUAUUGGCGAUUGUAUCUCAAUGACUCCAUCUGGUGACUGGUGCCCAAGUUGAUGACAAAUGCAUCGGGUUCUGGGGGACAAGGAGCCACCUUCUGUCACCCUGGGAUUGGGAGAGCACGCUGAGGAGGUUGGGUUUGCAGUGUGGGAAGAAGCCAAGCAUGAUGGCGACGGGUAGUAGUUCAUGAUUCAUCUGGGUCACCCCCUCGGUGGUGAGCCAGAGCAGUGUCUGACAAAACAAAGUGUGUGCCUGUACCGGUAAAAAGCCGAACUCCUUGUCAGCCUGGAUGACAUGGCUGAAUGGUCUCAUCUAAUUAUAUUUUUCUAAAUCAUGGCUCAACGAAUUAUGUGUUGUCAGUUCCAUUUUUUCCCAUGUUGAAAUUUUAAGAGUAACUUGGGAAGUAUCGGUGUUCAGUGAUGGGCCAUCUUCAGAUACUGGUCAUUGCUUGAUUUCGUUGGUGAACUUCUGCACUUGCUUCUCUUUUCCUCAUCACUUUGUGUCAUUACUUAAUUUCAUGCCUUGCAGUUAGCUUCCAUAGCUGCAGAAUUACAGAAAGUUCCAUCCAAUAGUUUGCAAACUGCUGGAAACAAUAUCAUGUGGAUGAGAAUCCAAAACCGCACAUGGAGGAAAUGUGAACCACAACUGGACUGAAUAAACGAGGUCAGGAUGGAACCUUUGUCGGCGCAAGGUGGUUUUCUGCAUCAUCAUCAGGGAUACUAAGUAUCAAGUCAGAAAUGGAAGACCAUGGAUUUUGGUGUAUGCCGCCAAGGAACUGUCCGAGAUCGGAUGGCUAUCUUCACUACAGAAAGGAAACAAUAACUUGUAGUCUUGUUUGUGUUGGGCACGCUGAUUAUUACAUGUUGAUACGCUCAUUUGCCAAGCUUGCAGAAGUUGAUAUUAGGGUUAUUCAUGCUAGUGUGCUAAAACUUGAGAGGAGACUUGUGUGGAUACAAGAAAGAACAGGCAGAAGCUUCAAGCUUGGAUGCCUUGCAGAAUCUACCUAGCUAAGCAAAUGAUGCGCAAAGACAUGUUUCAGGCUGCAGUUUUUGAUGGACUGCCAAUUUGCCAAGUCAGUAAACUGGUGAUGGGUUAUCGUUCUAUUGUCGAGAAAAGAGAUUAUGUUUGUAGUUGGGGUCUCAUGAUCCUGAACCAAAAGGGUCCAAAACAGUGGACUCUCUUGCAAGAUCUUGCUGACAAAGUGACCAGGAACACCAAACUGUAUCUCUACUUGUACCAACGAUUCCCACGGAGAUGCCCGUAGUCCGUAGAUCCUAGUUCUCUUUGGUGGCAAGCUUUGCCAAAAAAUUACUUCCGUAGUCAUUGUCUGCGAGAUUUAUCAGCUCCAUUUUAAGAAAUGGCCAAGGCCACUAUGCAUUUUAGUUGACAAGUUAUCGCCCUUUCUUUUUUAUGGAGUAUCCACCUCACCGUUUUGUAUGUAGGAGUAUGCUGUUGUACCAGAGUUUUUCACCUAAUGUCUAUGUUGGUUGUUUCUUAGGUUAUUGAUUUGUUUUGUACUACUGGAUUUAGCUAGGAAAACUAAUGUAUUAAGGUAUACCUCAAGUUGUAUUGGUUCUUCCAUAAAAAAAAGGUGUAUUGGUUCUAUUGUACAU